AUGAUGUGGAAGACGGCUGGUCCGUCCAUGAUUCGAUGGAGUCUUCUGGCCAUCCUGUUGGCUACCUUGAUGCAAUCAUCCGGUGUGAAUGCAUUGCCACAUCGAGGGCAUGUGCUGGCGGCACGAAGUGCGCUGACAAGCAGCACUUCCAGUGUCUCCUCUGCAGCACAGAGUACCGCCUCAAAGUCUGUACAAACAUCACAGGCUGAUGGCUCUCAGAGCAACAAGAAGAACGAGGCGAACGAUGAAGAGUUUGCGAGGGAGUUGCAGCGCACUAUUCAGACGCAGAUGGAGAAGGAGAGUAUCGAUGGUGGCGUUAAGUUCGACUUGGGAGAAAUUCUUGGAAAAAUGUACAAAGGUGAAAGUAUCAAUAUGUACGGCGGUGUUAGCAAGGAAAAGAAUAACACCUCGGUGAGUGAGAGUCUGCCUCGGGGUACGUCGACGUCUUCGGUGUCUUUGAGCGCCUCAUCCAAGAAGUCUAAGUCGCCCAAGAAGUUUAAGAGCAAGAAGCUGUCCAAGUCGUCGCCUUCUUCCUCCAGCACAACUCACUCGACUUCUUCACACUCAGAGAGUGAGCCAUGCACGUCGUCGAAGAGCAAGUCGCAUUCCAAGUCGUCGCCUUCUUCUUCCAGCACAACUCACUCGACUUCUUCGCACUCAAAGAGUGAGUCGUCCUCGUCAUCCUCGAGCAAGUCGCACCACCGCCACCAUCACAAGUCUAAGAUGGCAGCCAAGGCGCGUAAGUCGCGCUCCUCCAAGUCAUCGAACCGUUUGCACAAGAGUAAGGCUCACAAGAGCAAGGCUCAUAAGUCUCACUCCUCCAAAAGCAAGUCACGCCACUCGACAUCUGAGAGCACGCAGUCCUCUGAAGCUUCCCAGGAGAUGGGUCGCACGGCCGCAGUCGGUGCAGGUCAAAAGUCGCAGCGUGGUGGCUUUUACCGGAUUUCGAUGAACGAGAGAGCUGACUCGGGUCGGAAGCUUGGUGUCGUGAGCGGCUCGCGCGUGGCAUCCACGUCGGCCAAAGAGCCACACGGAAACCUGCCAAAUCAGAGUGUGAUUACCAACAACCCAUCGUACGGCUUCCUUGAGGCACAGGAUGACCUUUACUCGAUACGCAAAUGGGCUGGCGAUCUUGGCAGGUUGGUUUCGAAGGAGCAUCGUAAUGAGACGAUCAUGGCGCUGUUCGAUGCAGCUUCGCGAUACUAUCCCGAUGUUGAUACUAAGACGGUUGUGCGUAUCAUGCUGGCUGAUAUCAAGGCCGAGUCGGACUUUGAGUCAGAGAAUAGAAGUGCUGGUCGCGAGGACUCUGGCCAGAGUCUCGGUCUCUUGCAAGUGAGUCCGUAUGGCUCAGGUGAGCUGAAACAGUUCCAGAGCAUGGCGCAGGUGGACUACAACACGUACUCAUGGGCUGUUGGCACAGGCUCAGAGGACGAAGUCUCUAUGGGUGGAUUCUCGGAGUUGGGUGAACUUGUGGACUUUAAGACGAACAAGAAGAUAAACUUGAAAGGUCUGAGCGACCAUGAUCUGAGCCGCCCUUGGAUCAACAUCCACAUUGCGAUGUGGAUUCAGUCCAACUUGGCUCGCACGGCCAGCCGGGACCCAAGCGACUGGCAUAGGAUUGCCUCGAGUAGCAAGGCUGUGCGAAAGGCUUACGCUCCGGCUAUCAAGCAGAUUGUGUCGUCACUCGAGAACAAGGGAUCGAGAAACGCUGCUUCUUCGUCUUCGUCUUCGUCUAGCUCGUCAUCCAGCUCGUCAUCGAGUUCGUCGUGGGACGAGAAGGAGUACGCCUCCAAGCUGGAAAAGCUGGAAAAGGAGUUCCAGACGAAGCAUAACACCAGGGCGUCAUUCGCAACGGGUCUUGGCUCGUGGGUCGCUGGCCCUACGGUUGAUGACAGCUCGGGCUACAACCGCUCGGGUGAUGACGUGAGCAAAGAGUACUUUAACAACAUUUCUGAAGGUCUGUCUGUGAUGUACACAGGCAGCACUAAGCACAAGCACAAGUACGGCAAGAAAUACCUCGAGAGUAUCGAGCUGGUUCGUGGUCUUGUGGACUACAACUAA